AUGUAUGGUGAUCAAAAUAAACAUCCUUGUCUCACCUUUAUUAUUGUCCAGAAAGAUCAUAACACACGAUUUUUCAUCGAAUAUUCAAAUAAUCGAAAUCGUUCAAGAAACGGAAGACCUCCUCCGAAGUAUGUCAACAUGUCAAUCGGUGCUGUCAUCGAUACAACAAUUGUUCAUCCUAAUAAUACAAAUUUUUAUUUAAAUUCACAUAAUGCUCAUCAAAGUGUCAAUCAACCAUCGCAUUAUCAUGUUCUUUUAAAUGAAAUUGAAUUGACAACUGAUGAAUUGCAAUUGUUAACAUUUCAUUUAUAUUUUGCCGAUUCAAGAUCAUCAGCUGCUGAAGCUGUUCCAUCGGUGGUUCAUUAG